AUGGCUGCAAAUCACAAUGGCAGGCCGGCUGCCGCUGCCGCUCCCAACGCGCCGCCUCCCUCUACGCUUGCCGCACAAUUGGUCGAGAAUAUUUCGGCUUCGUCCAAGUCCACGCGAUCCGAUGAAAACGCCGAGCUGAAGAGGCUAUUUGCCGUAAUCGAGAAGGUCAAAAACAAGCCUGAACUGCUAGAGACUGCCGAGCAGAGGACGGGUCACAAUCAUAUGCUCAUCUACGUCUACGCCCGCGUUGUCCUCGAAGGAAUCAAGCUCGACGAUCCGUUUGCCGACCGAAAUCACAUGCGAAACGAGGCGCUGAAGGCCAUAAACUUCUUGAAGGUCACAAUCGAGGAGACACCGAAUGUCUUGAACCAUACUACAGAUGGGAAACAAUUCGUUUUCCGCGGGGAGGAGCCUCUUUGGAUUUGGGUCUUCCCAAAGAUCCUUCGGUUACUGGGCCACUCUCGCUGCCUCGAGCUGACGGGAGACUUUGAGGGGUUCUUCCAAUUUGUGAUUCUCGUGGUUAUUCGUACGGGAUCAAUGUGGAAGCUUCUCCCGUCCAUGUUACUGUACUUGCGCGAGACCAGUAGGGCUCUCAUAAGCCACUUGCAAAAUAUGGCACCGAGUUCAACCGGAAAAGACGCUUCUGUAAACAUGACAUUGCCUUCGGAUGGUACACUGGAGCUCUUGUUAGGAAAGCCUGGCACCCUCUUUGUCCAACAGACCACAUAUACCGUCCAACAUGUCUCUCAGUGCAUACAUCAAGCAACGACGCUGACUUCGGCCUUGGCGCACCCCUCAAUCUUCAAAACUCCGAGUCUCGUGUCACGACCAACAUUGUCUCAGCUGGCACCGUGGCUUCUUGAUUCUUUGCUUUCCCUUCGUGCUGUACAGAACGCAUGGCAGGCGAUUGUGCCAAGGCCUCGAGCCGACUUGCUCAAAAUUGCUCUGAACCUGCUCUCUAAUAAGCCACGUCCUGGCAAGAAAUUUUUCGACUUAAAAAAGCCAUACGCUGUGCUAGCAGUACUCUGCGCUGAGCUCGCGGCACAUCCCGAAGAGAUACAGGGGACAAAUGAGUCGAGCGCGGCAGCGAGGAAGACGGUCUCGCUGGCGCUCAUCCGGCUGGCGCAAGCGUCGCUCGUAGAUAGAGAAAUCGGUAGACUAACAGCACCGAAGAUUGUCUGCCCUUUGGAGUACGAGAUCCCUUCACUCGCGACAAUUAGCGAUGCCCAUGAUUUCAUACUUUCCAUUCAAGUUCUGAAGCAAACAUCCGGAUCUAUCGUCCCGAAAGCCCUCGACUCUGAGACUCAACCCGCUUCUUUUAUCGACGCCGACUUGCGUCAGGCAGUGGAAGAGCUCGGUCUAGAAAAUCGUGCUACCGAGGAUGCAGAACCCGCUUCGAAGCGUCUCAAGGUGUCUUCAGAGGCUCCUGAACUCCGAGCGUUGAUCAAGCGUAUCUACGAAGUCUGUCAAGUGGACGAGGCUGAGGAAGCCGGAGGGCUGGAGCACAAUUUCCUGAACAAGUACAACGACCUCAGCGAAAAUAAUCAGUGUCGAGCUAUCGACCUGGUGGCCCGCAUAUGUUGUGCAGUGGACUUGGCAACAGUUGUUGACGGCGGUGCAAGCAUAGGGAGUCAUAACAGUAUAGGAUGCACGUUCUGCGAUGAUAAAUAUAGAGGCUCUCGAACCCUCGAUGUGACAACAGCCGCAGAAAAAAGGGAGGCCCAAUCUAUCUUUACGAAGCUCAUUCAUCUACCCAACUUCAAGGAGUCAAAGCGCCCGAGGAUCGUCGCGAUGAUCUCAGCCAGACGUAUUAUCAACCACGCUGACGUUACAGAACUCAUUGACCUCGAAACCUCUCCUCUGGGCCAAUGGUGUUUGCAAAGCUUGCAUAGCUCUAUCAGAGAGCUCAGAAUCGCUUCUGGACGUGCUCUUCCUUUGUUCCUGAGAGACAACAAUCUUGAGUCGCUUGACCCGACUCUGAUUAUUCGCAACCGAAAAAAUGCACUUAGUCUGCUCAAAGCCGCUUCCGAAAAAGAUGCAGCCAUAUUCCAUGAAAGCGGGAUCCUGGCCUGGGGCCAACUUGGACGGGUCGUGACUGGAGACGAGCUGAAUCUUGUUCUGCACAAGUUGCUUGAGUACCUCGGUAGUAUCAACAGUCUGAUUGCGUCAUGUGCGUUCAACGAGAUUCUCAACCUAGCAUCUGCCCUGAACACGACACCGCGUCGUCUGUUUGAACCCUUUUGGAGGAACCUUGCAUACUUCGCUGUUAAGGACAUGCAGGCUCGGCCGCAAAUUUGCCGCGCCAUUGCCGAUCUGUUGCAGAUAUCCGUCACCGAAUUUCUGCUGCUUAUCCAGUCCCAUGCCUUACCUUGGCUGGUAUUAAUGAAAAAGAAGGAGGUGAUUCAGAAAAUCGCCGAAGCGCGAGGAGAAAGGGACAUAUGGGUCCCUAUCCUGGACCCGGCCAAUGCUGGCUCGAUCAUUGCGCUUUUGCUCAUUCAGGAUGUUGGGAAUAUCGAGAAGUUUGUUAUGUCUAGGCUCGUUGAGGUGUCUUCUCACCUAGAGACAUUUACUUUGGUUGAGCUUGUGCAAUCCGAAGUCUGUUCGGUCGCGCUAGAGCUUUUCAAGGCUGCUGGGGAGGCGGAUGAAGCACGAAAGCCCCGAAUAAUCGAGGCAUUGGCAUCCUUCUGUUCAAUGAUGAUGGUCGCAAACAAAGAGUCAAAGCCGAAGAAGGGCAACACGAUUGGGAGAUAUUUACAAUCGUAUAUUCUUGGUCUCAUGGCUCGCCUUGCGGAUGUUAUCAAUGACAUGCCACUUGUCUUUCCUCCAGCCGAAGAACAGAGACGCUGCAUACGUGCCUUGGAGGAGAUGAUCAGACAUUGCAAAGCCUAUGUUCGGAUUGCACGCCCACAGAUUGCCGCAUGUCUUCUGUCAUCCCUCGCUCAGGAUGAUCUCAGAGAAGCCGCAUUCUCUUGCUGGGCGGCUCUGCUUACAUGUCUCGAGCCUGAAGACGUCGAGGUCUUGAUCGAGACUACAUUCUUCGUCAUCAGCCACUACUGGCCGCUCUUUAGUGAAUCCUCUCGACAAAUGGCCAAGACUUUGAUCCAGAAGUUGAUCACGGAAUUCAGUGACAGCCUUAAUGACUACAUCACCAAGCUACCUUCUUUGGGUCACAUCACAGAGUUGGCAGAUGUCGAAAAGGAGCUCAACGCGGCGCGUCCAGUCCUAGACAGCAGGACGGCAUUUGCCCUCUUUGCCGAGCGCACGUCUCACGAGAACUCGGGUGUCGUAUUACUGGCACUGACCGAACUCGAGGUCUACCUCAGACAGAGUGGAGGCUUCCUCCAGACUUCAGCCAUCAGCCAACAGCCUGACCCGGUCGUACCAAUGUUGAUACGAGCUUUGCUAGACUGUGCAGCAAAGUAUAGUGCUAUGCACCAGCUUGAAAUUGCCAGUCUUUGCACUCAAUGCAUUGGCCUGGUGGGCUGCCUCGACUCUAAUAGAGUGGAAGCACCGCGAGAGCAACAGUCGAUGGUCAUUUUGAGCAACUUUGAGAGUGCAGACGAGACGACAGACUUCGUGUUGUUCAUCUUGGGACAGAUCCUCGUCAAAGCUUUCUUGUCCACUACAGACACCAAACUCCAAGGUUUCCUUUCCUUUGCCAUGCAAGAGCUGCUCGACCGGGUGGAUAUCAAGGCUGCACUCGCUAUGAAAGGAACCGGAAUGCGGGAUGGUGGUGUCAUCUACAGAAAAUGGCUAACACUAUCGGAGAGUGACCGCACUGUCUUGACACCUUUCCUUACCUCCAGAUAUCUUUUGACACCUAUGAACGUGGUCCCAGUCGAGUAUCCUAUCUUCCGCCCGGGAAAGCCCUACGGCAACUGGAUGCGCUCAUUCAGCAUGGAUCUCUUGGGUAAGGGGCAAAAUGGGCACGCGGAUCUCAUCUUCGAACCAUUGUGUCGCACUAUCAAGGUCAAGGACUUGGCUGUUGCUGAGUUUCUGCUGCCAUACCUCGUGCUUCAUGUCAUUGUAGGUCACCGGAGCACGCGAAAGGAUCGAGACAACGUCAUUGGAGAGCUCGUUGGCAUUCUUCAGCACCAGCCCGCCGAGGACGCGCCCUAUUCGGAACGGGAAGAUAUGAAGCUGUACUGCGAGGCGGUCUUCAGAGCUCUCGACUACGCGAGUAGAUGGCUCCAAGAGAAGGACGCAAGACGCAAAAAUGACGAUGAUCUGCCCGCAAUAGGACGUGUUCAGGAAUUGCUCAACACCAUCCCGCCAGUGCUCAUCUCUCAACGUGCGAUGGACUGUAGAGAGUACCCCCGCGCGCUCUUUCACCUCGAGCAGCAUGCCCAGCAAAUGGAGGUUGAGAACAGCGAUCCAAGGCAGAAAACUUUGCUACUUGAGCAGCUGCAGGAUAUCUAUACCCAGAUUGACGAACCUGACGGGCUAGAAGGAAUUUCCGCUCAUCUGCACGUUUUGGAUAUCAAUCAGCAGAUUCUCAGUCACAAGAAGGCAGGCAGAUAUACCGCAGCUCAAACUUGGUACGAAAUUAAGCUGGCAGAAGAGCCUGAUAAUAUUGAUGUGCAGAUUGAUUUGCUAAAUUGUCUAAAGCAGUCCGGCCAACACGAUGUUUUGCUCAAUUAUGUCGAAGGCAUGCGAACAGAGCCUUCGACAGAAAACAAGAUUGUUCCGUACGCAGUUGAAGCAGCGUGGGCUACGAGGAGAUGGGAUACUUUGAACAAGUAUACUGCUCGAUUCCAUGGCAGCCCUCUGGAAGACUUCAACGUCGGCAUCGCCAAGCUAUUUAACGCUCUACAGAGAAGGGGGGCCGGCAGCGAUACAUUCCCCGAAAUGCUGCAGAGUAUGAGAGAGAAGAUCGCCUCCGCCAUGACACACGUGGCAACAUCAUCUUUGCAGGCUUGCCACGACCUACGACUUAGGUGCCAUGUCCUUACUGACCUCGAGAUCAUUGCUGGAACUCAAGCUUCGGAGGGCGAUGCACACCAGGAGGUUCUAACGAUGCUCAACCGUCGCCUUGAGGUUCUUGGGGCGCCCAAGUUUUCCGAUCUUGACAUAUCUUCGUUGUGGCUCUCAAGCGCUCGGUUGGCCAGGAAAGCCAAUUCAACCCACCAAUCGUUCAAUGCCGUGCUACAUGCUUCCCAACUUGGCGACGGAGCUGCGGUCAUUGAGAAUGCUCGGCUUCUGUGGAAGGAUGGCCACACACGCAAGGCCAUCCAAGUUUUGCAAGGAGCCAUUGAAUCAAAAAACUUCAUGACGCAGACCAACAGUUCCUCUUCUAUUCGUGGCAUGGAUGCUCAGCAAAGGCAAUUGACGGCCAGGGCUCAACUGAUGCUCGCCAAAUGGCUAGAUGCUGCCGGUCAGACCAACCAUCUGACACUGCGUGAGAAAUAUCAACAACCCCCUCUCACAGCUAGCGCCUGGGAAAAGGGCCACUACUACCUGGGGCGAUACUACAAGAAGGUACUGGAAUCUGAGAAGACGCUCAAGGCAGACGAUCAAACCGACCCCUGCAUUCAGGGCGAAUACACCAGGCUCGUCGUCGAAAAUUACCUUCGGUCUUUAAACUACGGCACCAAAUAUCUCUACCAGACCAUGCCAAGAAUUCUUACACUGUGGCUUGAGUUCGGAGCGCAAGUUGACAAGGCCCCCGAAGGCAAGGUUUCACUGUCUCGUGAGCUCCAUAGGAGGCGAACGGAUCAGUUGAACCUCCUUCACCGGUUCCUCGACAAGUCCAUAGCCCGAUUACCAGCAUACAUAUUCUACACGGCACUUCCACAAGUUGUCGCAAGAAUCGCUCAUCAAAACAAAGAUGUCUAUGAGCGUUUGACGAAUAUAGUCAUCAAGGUUGUGCAAUCCCACCCUCGGCAAGCUCUUUGGAGUCUAUUUGGAAUCAUGACAACGAGACAAACCUCAGAACGUCGGGUAAGGGGUCAACAAAUCUUGCAGGCCUUGAAGGGAGUCACCAAGAAAGUUGACGGGAGCAACUAUGAGCUCAGGCAGCUCUUGAGGAUGGGUGAGAAGCUCGCAGAGCAACUCCUAUUGGCUUGCAACAACGGCGAUUUCCAAAGCAACAGGACGACCGUAGCGAGCAUCACGCGCGAUCUAAACUUCAACCACAAGUGCACCCCUUGCCCUCUGGUGGUGCCCAUCGAGUCGUGUCUGACGGCUGCCUUGCCGACACUGACUGACAAUGUCAAAACCCACAAGGCGUUCUCGCGAGACGUCAUUACCAUCGACUCCUUCCUGGACGAGGUACUGGUUCUGGGAUCUUUGGCCAAGCCGCGCCGACUGACCGCACGCGGAACGGACGGAAAGAGCUACAUGCUUAUGAUCAAACCCAAGGAUGAUCUACGCACCGACCAGCGUCUGAUGGAGUUCAACAGCAUGAUCAACAGAUCGCUGAAGCGAGAUCCUGAGGCUAGCAGACGCCAGUUGUACAUUAAAACGUAUGCUGUCGUGCCUCUGAACGAGGAGUGCGGUAUCAUCGAAUGGGUUGAUGGGCUGAAGACACUGCGCGAGAUUCUCUUGGAUCAGUAUAAAUCCCGCCAGGUACACCCCGACUACAAUCAGAUCAAGCGGAUGAUGGCUGAGGCGGUGACGGGACCGAACAACAUCAAGAUGUUCACCGAAGGCGUUUUGGGCACGUUCCCGCCCGUGCUGCAGCACUGGUUCGUCCAGCGUUUCCCUCACCCUUCGACUUGGUUCUCUGCGCGGCUCAAGUACACCCGGUCCUGCGCCGUCAUGUCGAUGGUGGGUACAAUCCUAGGACUUGGCGACCGACACGGUGAGAACGUCUUGCUGGAGCGCGAUAAUGGCGGCAUCUUCCACGUGGACUUCAACUGCCUCUUCGACAAGGGCUUGACGUUUGCGCAGCCAGAGAAGGUGCCGUUCCGCCUGACGCACAAUAUGGUGGCGGCAAUGGGUAUCUACGGAUACGAGGGUCCCUUCCGGCACUGCAGCGAGCUGACCUUGGGGAUUUUGCGACAGCAGGAGGAGACGCUGAUGACGAUUCUUGAGGCGUUUAUUUACGAUCCCACGCUGGAUCUACAAAAGGAGAAGAAGACGAGCCGUCGGCAGGACGGGGCGCCUAGGAUGCAGCCGCAGCUUGUUGUUGACAGCAUCAAGCGCAAAGUUAAGGGGCUGAUGGGUCAGGACACGAUCCCGUUGGGGGUGGAGGGCCAGGUAGAGGAAUUAAUCAAGCAGGCUGCUGAUCCGAGAAACCUGGCGGCCAUGUAUAUCGGAUGGUGCCCAUUCUUACGCACUGAAGCACAGGAGCUUUGGGCAGCUAAAAUGGGCCCGGCAGGCAGAAGACGGGAGAAAUUGUCACUGCCCACCUCUCAACCAACGUCACUCCUCUGUUCUUUCCCUUCCUCGGACAGCUUGAGGUGCUUCUUCCCAAAUCUGGCAUUAACCACCUCACCUCCCUCUCAUUUCUUCUUCUUCCAGACACCUCCGUUCACUCUUUUCACUUUCUUCGAGAGUACACUUUUCCAUAUUCAAUCGCUCUUCAAACCUAUCGUCAAAAUGCCUGACUACCGCAUUGAGGUCUCGCCCAAUAACCGCGCCGGAUGCACCGAUGGCGUGUGCAAGAAGGCCGCGGCCAAAUGCUUGAAAGGUUCCCUUCGCUUCGGCACAUGGACCAAGAUUAUGGAUCAUGAGUCCUUCAAGUGGAAGCAUUGGGGAUGUGUUUCUGGAGAGCAGAUGCAGCACGUCCGGGAGCUUUGUGAGAGGAACGGAAAGUUCGACUUUGACGCCUUUGACGGCUAUGAUGAGAUGGGCGAUCACCCUGAUCUUCAGGCCAAGAUUCGCAGCGCUAUAGAGCAGGGCCAUAUUGACGCCGAGGACUUCAACGGUGACCCCUGGAUGAACAAGCUCGGCCAGCGCGGCAUUCGCGGCAAGAAGCCCAAGGACUGGGAUGACGGCGAGGAGGAAGAUGAGGAUGAAGCCCCCGCUAAGGGUAAGAAGCGCGGUCGCAAGGCCGCUGACGACGUGGAAGAGGAGAAGCCCAAGGCUAAGCGCACCAAGAAGGCCGCCGCCAAGGCCAAGACUGAGGACGAGGAAGAAGAGAAGCCCAAGCCAAAGGCCAAGCGCGGUGCUCGCAAGUCCGCUAUCAAGGAGGAGGAAUCCGAUGAUGGGGAGCCGAUAGCGGCUCCCAAGCUCAAGCGUGGUCCCGCCAAGAAGGCUGCUGCUGUUAAGAAGGAAGAGUCUGAUGCCGAAGAGGCGGAAGAGGCUCCCAAGCCUAAGCGUGGUGCCGUCAAAAAAGCUGCCCCCAAGAAAGCAGCCAAGAAGGUGAAGGCGGAGGAGAGCGAGGAGGAGGUUUCUGCUGCCGAGCCCGAGACUAACCCCGAAUCCGAGGAAGAGGAGAAGCCCGCGCCUCAAAAGGCCAAGGCGGCACCCAAGGGUCGCAAGAAGGCUGCUCCUGCUGCUGAGGCGGAGAAGCCCAAGUCGACGCGGGCCAGUCGUUCUCGCAAGUGA